AUGGCGCCCAAUACCCCAAACAGCAAGAUAUGGCUCAUCACGGGAGCCUCAUCCGGCCUAGGUCUUGAGAUGGCCCUCUCUGCUCUCCGCGCCCGCCACAGGGUCAUAGGCACAGGGCGCAACACCCGGAAAGCCGCCCUUGACAACCCAGAGUUUGAGCAACUUGGCGGAGAAUGGAUACAGCUGGAUGUAUCUGACCCUAAUGCUGAGGAAGUUGUCAGGCAGCUUGUCGUCCGUGAGGAACGCCUCAACCCACGGGAGCCGACACACUGGGUGGUGGUCAACAAUGCAGGGAACACCCUGCUCGGGACUGUUGAAGACAUGAGCGAUGAGCAGAUCUCGCAAUAUUUGCAGACCAACUUAUUUGGCCUCAUUCGCAUCUGGAGAGCCUUGAUACCCGCCAUGCGCCGCCAUCGAACUGGCACACUGAUCUCCAUCUCUUCCAUAUGGGGCUUCGUCAGCAAGCCUGAGCACAUGAUGUACAGUGCCGUCAAAGCGACCGCGGAGUCUCUGACAGAGUCCUACGCUCAGCUACUUGCCCCAUUUGGCAUCAGGACGAUGAUCAUUGAGCCUGGAGGAUUCAGGACAAAGUUCCCUGGUAACCACCUCAAGCCAGACGGUGGCAUCACAGAGGAUUAUAGAACCAAGAUGGAAGAGUGGAAUGGCAUUAUUGAUGCGGCGGCGAAGGAUUCAACCAUGGUGAAUGGUGACCCAAAGCUGUUUGGCUUGAGUAUUGUUGACGCCGUCGAAGAGCGAGGAUUGUUCGAGGGAAUAUGGGCUGAGAAUGGUACGGACAAGGCCCUGCGAGUUCAACUGGGAUCUGACUGCUACGGGCUGUAUGGCAAAAGAUUGGAGCAAUUGAACCAAGGGCAUGCUAGAAUGGCACGCAUUGCAAGCUCAACCGACGUGGAAAGCUAA